AUCUCAAGCCCCUUUCAAGCAAAAGACGAGGAGGGAAAAGAAAAAUAUCCCCUCUUUCUUCCAAAUUCAAUGGAGGGAUUUUGCAUUAGAACUCCUCCUAGGGUUACCAUUUCUGUUCUAAAAUCUUCGCAAUGCAGGGGAAAUCUAACGACUAAGGCGUGGGCAUCGAAUAAUUCGAUGGAUAACCGGCGGAAAUCCCCAGUCGUUCGCUGUACUAGCGCUGAGAAGUUGAAUUUGCAGGAUUCAGUGGACACAUAUGGUGCAGUUGCCUACACCAGUGAUUAUGUUGCAAACUCAAGGGAAGCCAGAGAGUUUGAAAAUGGAAAUCCAAUAGGUGACAUUUUAGAGAACCAGGGCAUACGAAUUAGAAGACGUCCUCCAACAGGACCCCCAAUGCAUGCAGUAGGGCCUUUUGAAUUCCGCUUGGAAAAUGAGGGAAACACUCCUCGAAACAUCCUUGAGAAAAUUAUAUGGGACAAGGAUAAAGAAAUCUCACAGCUCAAAGAAAGGAAACCUUUGUCUGUGUUGAACAAGGCUCUUAACCAUGCACCUCCUGUUAGAGAUUUUGUUGGGGCUUUGCGAGCAUCAUAUCAAAGAACUUGUAUGCCUGCUCUCAUAGCCGAGGUUAAAAAGGCUUCUCCAAGCAGAGGAGUGCUACGAGAGGAUUUUGAUCCAAUUCAAAUCGCUAAAGCUUAUGAGAGAAAUGGUGCAACUUGCUUAAGUGUUUUGACCGAUGAAAAGUACUUUCAGGGAAGCUUUGAAAAUCUAGAGGCUAUACGCAGAGUUGGAGUUAAGUGCCCUCUUCUUUGCAAAGAAUUCAUUAUUGAUGCAUGGCAAAUUUAUUAUGCUCGAUCGAAAGGUGCAGAUGCAAUCCUAUUAAUUGCUGCUGUGUUGCCUGAUCUUGAUAUCAAAUAUAUGGCCAAAAUCUGCAGUAAGCUUGGGAUGACAGCACUUGUUGAGGUACAUGAUGAAAGGGAAAUGGACCGUGUUUUGAGCAUAGAUGGGAUCCAACUCAUUGGCAUAAAUAACCGUAACCUUGAAACUUUUGAAGUCGAUAUUUCAAACACAAAAAAUCUUCUGGAGGGAAAGCGCGGAGAUACUAUACGACAAAGAGAUAUAAUGGUAGUUGGAGAAUCUGGUUUGUUUACUCCUGAAGAUAUCUCAUAUGUUCAAGAUGCUGGAGUUAAAGCUGUCCUGGUUGGGGAAUCCCUCAUCAAACAAGAAGAUCCAGGGAGAGGAAUAGCUGGACUAUUUGGUAAAGAUAUAUCUGUGUGAGUUCGAUUUCAUUUAUAAUAUGCUGGUCCUAUGUAUGGAAAAUCUUCCGAGUCCCAAAAAGUUUAUGUAAUGGAAUUCUCAGAUUAUUGAUCAUUUCAAUUUUUUUAUCCAAGCAUGUAAGUAAUUUACUCUCCUGUGUUUGAAAGGAUUUCGUUUGUGCUCCUCUGUA